GCCCUCGCCCUCGGAGCCCGAGCUGCUCUCGCUGAUGAGGCAGAAGGAGAAGGACUUGGUGCUGGCCGCCCGGCUGGGCAAGGCGCUGCUGGAGCGCAACCAGGACAUGAGCCGCCAGUACGAGCGCAUGCACAAGGAGCUGACCGACAAGCUGGAGCACCUGGAACAAGAGAAACACGAACUCCGGCGACGUUUUGAGAAUAAAGAAGGGGAAUGGGAAGGCAGGGUAUCGGAACUGGAGAGCGACGUGAAGCAGCUCCAGGAUGAGCUGGAGAAGCAGCAGGUUCACCUUCGAGAAGCCGAUCGAGAGAAAACCCGGGCGGUCCAGGAACUAUCUGAACAGAACCAAAGACUCUUGGAUCAGCUCAGCAGGGCAUCGGAGGUGGAAAAACAGCUCUCUAUGCAGGUUCAUGUCCUCCAAGAGGACUUUAGGGAGAAGAAGACAUCAACCAGCCAGCACAUAGUACGGCUUGAGAGUCUCCACGCAGAACAAAUCCUUGAAAUUAAGAUGCUUACGGAUCGGAAGCAGGAGUUAGAACGCCGCCUGACUGCCAUGAUGGAGGAAAAUAAUCUCCUUCAGGGAACCGUGGAAGAACUUCAAGACCGAGUCUUGAUUCUGGAGAAGCAGAGCCACGAGAAGGAUAUGCAGUUGCAUCAAAGCCAGAUGGAGCUUCAGGAGGUGAGGCUGUCGUACCGGCAGCUGCAGGUCAAGGUGGAGGAACUCAGCGAAGAGCGGAGCCUCCAGCAUUUCAACUCCACCAGCACGUCCUUGCUGUCCGAGAUCGAGCAGAGCAUGGAAGCCGAGGAGCUGGAGCAAGAGAGAGAGCAGCUACGGCUCCAGCUUUGGGAAGCCUAUUGCCAGGUCCGAUAUUUGUGCACCCACCUCAGAGGGAACGACAGCGCCGACUCGGCGGUCUCCACCGACUCCUCCAUGGACGAGUCUUCGGAAACCUCCUCGGCCAAAGACGUGCCCGCUGGGAGCCUGCGGGCCGCGCUCAGCGAGCUUAAGAGGCUGAUACAGAGCGUUAUAGAUGGCACAGACUCCCCGAGCUUACGGAGAAGUGACGAUGAUGCCUUAGAAGAACAGAUCAAGCAGACCAGCGAAGAUUCAAGGGCCCUGAGGGAGCUGAUGGAGGGGGAAAGGGGGAAACUGAGGCAGAGCCUGGAGGAGCUGCAGCAACUCCACAGCCAGGUGACGCUGCUGAGCGUGGAAAUGACUUCCCUGAAAGAAGAGAGAGAUAAACUCCGAGGGUCGGUGGAUGAUAAAGAUGUGAAUGAGCAACUCUUGAAGGCUAUCAGGGACCGGGACGAUGCAAUCGCCAAGAAGAACGCUGUUGAAAUGGAACUAGCCAAAUGCAAGAUCGAUAUGAUGUCGUUGAAUAGCCAGCUGUUGGACGCGAUCCAGCAGAAGCUGAAUCUUUCUCAGCAGCUAGAGGCGUGGCAGGAUGACAUGCAGAGGGUCAUUGACCAGCAGUUGAUGGACAAACAUCCAAAGGAAUGGAGCCAGCCCACUUACUCCUUCUCCACUGGCCACGGGGUGAAGAGGCGCGCCAGACCCUCCUCUGCGCUGAGGCCGGAGCCGCAGGGGGCCGAGCCCAUCGGGGCAGAAGGCAACCGCCUCUUCUCUUUUUUCAAGAAAAAUUAAUUGGAACGAAGCAACCCCUCUCCAGUUACUCUGUUGUUGUUUCUUUAAUUUAAAACAAAAUAUUCUUCUUCUUACUACAAUGGUUAUUUUUGAAGGGAAGGAAGCUGGAGAAGGUCAGCAAGCCCGGCUGGUGGUGGAUGGGUCCCGGAUUCGGAUCAUGAAAGAAACCACUAAGACGGGCCAAGGAGUUAACCCUUAAGAACUCUGCACUAUUUUGCAACCCCUGUGGUCCGAACUCGAGCGUUUACACAUGUUGUAGUUGACAUGGCCAACCUCCGUCCUGCACGAUGGUGAUGGAAAGGACCAUUCUUUCUACCUUAAGCGACGUGGAAAAAACAAACACGAAAUCUUCAGGGUGUCUUGUGAGACCCCACUCUGUUUCUGCUGUGUGUGAUCCAGGUGUCUUAAAGUUCUUUUCUUCUGCCACCGAGAAAGGAUGAAAGGAACAGGUUAGGAAGUGGCCAGGAGAAGCCCGGCUGGUUUGGGAGUGGAGCGGAGAGGAAGGAGAGACGCCCGAGCAGAUGCUGACGGAAGGAUGGGCCAUCUCUUGCAUAACCUUGGGAAUCUGUUGCCUUUCAGAUGCUUGCUGGACUCCAACUCCCAUUAACCCCCCACUGUUGGUCCAGGCUGAUGGGAGUUACAGUUCAGCAACCUCCAGAGCACCAUGCCUUCCCCAUGUCUGUUUCAGUGCUUGGAAACAUUACUUUUGGGAGGUGUCAACUCCCAGAAUCGUCCAGCUGGUCAUGCUGCUUGGAGAAUCUGGGAGUUGGAAUCCAAAAAAAAGCUGUUUUUUUCCCAUGCUUCCUAGAGGGAUUCUUGGAAUUUGAAGUAAAAAGAAAAAAGAAAAAAGAAAAGAAAAGAAAAAAGGUAACUUGAAAAACAGGCCUGUUUUGUUGGUGUUCCUCUUGACAGCUGAUCCCUGCCCCAUCGACUAAGGGCAAACAUUUAGAUGAAAGCCAUGGAAAUUCUAAUGGCCAAGGGAAGCAGCUUACUAUAUUCACCAUUAGGUUCAAGAUACAUUCUCUCAAGCAGAACUAGCUUGUGUCUUGGCAAUCGUGUGUCUAUUUUAAUUUCAGGGAGUAACUUGGGGGAAAUUCGGCGCUUCCAGGGAUGCUGCCCAAUGGCUUCGAACUCCUCUUUGCUCUGAUUUCCUUUUGCAGAGAGGAGCGUGGCAUUUCUAACCAAGAAGCUGGUCACUCCAGUUUCAUGAGUGGGGUGGGGUGGGGGGCUGAGUUCACACUGGGCUUUGUUCUGAACUUUUAACUAUGGCCCCCAAGGCGUUGAACCCAGUUGAGGGAUAGGGUCCAGUACCUUGGGUAGCUCCUCUAAAGUUCGGACCAAACCCCAGAAUGGACUCAUGGCUCCUUCCAAAAUUAGAGGGUUAUCCCUCCCCACCCCAGACUACAAGCCGGGAAGUAAUCUGUAGCACCGUUCAAAUAAGUAGCUGCUCUGAUUCUAGGGAAAUACUUUACCUCGUCAACACAAUUACUCUGCCCAAAUUUUCAAGGGGAAAAAUGACAGGUUCAACACAGCGGGAUGAAAGAGGGAAAGAACUUUUCAGUGAUGGAGUGUGUUGUUUGAUGGGCUGACAUAUUUGGGGCUGACUGUCUUUCGUGAGUCAUAAAUACAGUGGCAGCUCUCUCGUUUGCAUUUUGUACAUGUAACUCUCUUGUCCCAGACAAUCAAAAAAGAUUCUUCUUCCUUCCAGCA